UGCAUAUACACCACAAGCUUGCUAGCCUAGCCAUGUACAUGGUGCAGGAAGAGGCCGGCGCCCUAGCCUUGGGUCUCUCCCUCGGCUCCGGCGCCGGGCACCACCCACUUGAGCAAAAAGAAGCAGCGACGCUGGAGCCGUACCUGUCCCUGAGCCUGGCCGGCGCCGGCGCCGGCGCGGUGAAGAAGGAGGUGGAGAGGGCUCUGGUCUACUGCUCGACGGACGACCAGGUCGAGGGGUACAACCGGAAGAAGCUGAGGCUCACCAAGGAGCAGACGGCGCUCCUCGAGGAUCACUUCAAGGAGCAGAGCACCCUCAGCCAUAAGCAAAAGUCAUCUUUGGCAAGGCAGCUCAACCUGAGGCCAAGGCAGGUCGAGGUUUGGUUCCAAAACAGAAGAGCCAGGAUGAAGCUGAAGCAAACGGAGGUGGACUGCGAGCUGCUCAAGCGCUGCUGCGAGACGCUCACGGAGGAGAACCGCCGCCUCCACCGUGAGCUCCAGCACCUCCGCGCCCUGCACCACCACCACCCAACCGCCGCUUUCUUCAUUCCAUCCACCGCCACAGCCUCCGUUUGCCCUUCAUGCGCCGGCGCACCACCGGUCCACGCCGCCGAUCGCCCUGCCACCAAACGCAGCUUCUUCGCCACCAAAUCCGCAGCCUGCUAGCCACAACUCCAUGCAUACAAAACAUACACCCAUGGUUUUAGUUAAGCAUUCAUUUAUCAUUACUUCAUCAUCAUCACAUCGAUUAGUUGUUGUAUAUAGAUAUUCAUUUCAUCCCAUCCCCUUAGUUUGGUUAGCUUCGGGUUUUUCGCAGGUUAAUCAAAGGAGGAUGGAUGGAGUAGCAUGCAUUUUUUUUAAUUUUAUUAGAAAAUGGAAGCUCUUUUAUAUCCCGGGCCUCUCCACCAAAGAUGCAUACACAUGCAUUCAUUUAGGAAAAUGAUUUAAUUAAUUAUGGUGUAUAAGUUGUUGCUGUGUAGAUAGCAAACCUAGGUUUGGUUAUUUCCGAGUCACUGGUGAAUUUUAUUACCAGGAGAUGAUCAUCGAGUAUGAUGUCGAUGAUGUGACAUGGUGUCACCUUAUACAUCCUGGUUUGUUCGGAUGUAUAAUUGAUUGUAUGUAUUCUUAAUCAUCAUGUGGUGUAAUAUCAAUUUGUUUCUGAUGGUAUACAUGUAUGUAUUGACUUAUUUAAGAAACUGUAUAUACGUGUGCUCGAGACUUGAACACCA